AUUCAGUACAGAUUUAGUUAAUAGAAGCGGCAGUUGUUGUGUGUGCUUGAUUAACUGUAUCUUAUUUUUUUUAUAAAAAUGACAAACUUACCGCAAGAUGCGUGUCAAUUGGUCGAAAAGUCAUUAAACCAAUCGUUGGAUAAUUUAGAUGUAACUAUACAUGCAGGUAAUAAAAAAGGUGAAGGAUAUAUCGGAGAAAUAAUAUUUGCCUCUUUCAAAAAUAGAAAAACAUUAAAAGAGGAUCACCUCGUCAUUAAAAAGGUGUUUUCAAGUGAUAAAGAAGAAACAAAAGCUUUUUUAUCGAAUUCAUAUCUCAAUGAAAUUAACUUUUAUAUAAACAUCUGGCCAUCUUUCAAAACAUUUCAAAAAUCGUUUAUUUCGACAAAGCUUUUAGACGUAGUACCUAAAUGUUAUGGAACAUCAUCUAUAAGUGGUAGUGAAAAAGUUAUUUUAGAAAACUUAAAGUUUAGCAAUUACGAUGUACAUCCGAAAAAAGUUCAUGUUAGUGAUUCAUUGUACGGAGAAAUUUUUAAAUUGUACGGACAAUUCCACGCAAUAUCGUUUGCAAUGAAACAUUAUCAGCCAAAGGAGUAUGAAAAAUUAGCGAAGCCUUUGCACAAUACCUGGCUGGGAUUCUUAAAUACGGACCUUUGUACCAGAGGCAUCAUUGAUACAUUUAAGGCUCUGGAACAAAUUCUACAGUUAAAAAACGAACACGAUUUAUUAACUAAAAUUCAGCCAUAUGUCAAAAAUGGAGUCAAAAUAUUUGAAAAUGGUAUAAAAUAUAAGGGAGCUUAUUCGGUUAUUAUUCAUGGAGAUUGCUGGAGUAAUAAUGUGAUGAUAAAGUAUAAUAACUUAAAGAAAAUAGAAGAUAUAAAGUUUAUAGAUUACCAAAUGUGUAUGCCAGGCAGUCCAGUAUAUGAUCUAUCCUACAGUUUUUAUUCCGGAGCAAGCAAAGAAUCAUUAAGAAACUGGGAAAAGUAUUUAAAAAUAUACCAUAACUCACUGGAGAAAUCGUUAAAAGGGUAUAACCUGAAAGUUGAUGAUAUAUUCCCAUACACAGAGUUAGUAAAGGAGUGGAAAAACAAUGUACAAUUUGGAUUCAUUAUGAGUUUAAUGAUAUGGGGUGCUAAAUAUAUUCAAGAGGAUGAGAUCCGCGAUUUGGAUAUAACCGAAGGUGAUCUAGAUUUACGAAACCUUAGUGAAGCUGAAGGCUAUCAACAGGCUGUAUUUAAUUUAGUUAAACAUUUUGAUGAAAAUGGAUUUUUGGUUUCUUCUUAGAAGCUUAUUUUAACACGUGUAGAAAAAUAAUUUAAUUUAAUUUACGUGAUAUUUUUAAACUGAAUGUAAAAUUGUAUAUAAAUUAAAAAUACGGAUAUCUA